CACUGUUCUUUGGAACAAAUAUGCAGUGUUAUGCCAGUGCAUUUAACACCUCAUACGAUGAGCAUUUCCAUCUGACAGAUGUGUUGUUGAAAAGCAAGCAAUAUAAGCCGAUACUGCGUCCUGUUUUGAAUUCCAGUAGCAUUGUUGAUGUGGAUAUUGUCGUCAAUCUUCUCAGCAUUUUCCAAAUUGAAGAAGCCAAACAGAUCCUUAUCUUGAAUAUGUAUCUUGAUGUUUCCUGGACGGAUGAGAUUCUGCAAUGGGAGCCAACUGAUUAUGGAGGAGUGGACUUUCUCUUCAUACCUCAGAAUAUGGUCUGGCGUCCCGACAUCAUAUUUGCGACUUCCGUUAACCCAUACAAGAAAUUGGGAAACAGUGAAAUACAGCUGAGAUUGUCAAGCGGGGGACGUAUGGGAUGGUCUGUAGGUGAUGUAGUCAAUUUGUACUGCAAAAUUGACAUCACUGCUUACCCAUUUGACAAACAGAAAUGUUUCGUGGACAUAACGACCUGGUCUUAUACCAAAGACUUCGUAAAUCUACGAGGGAAGUAUAAAACCGCGGUGCUGGAACACUAUCAGCCGAAUGGAGAAUGGCUGCUGCAAAGUUCGAGGAUCACCACUGAUGAGGAGUUGAUUGCAGGUAAACGUCACAGUGUCGUUACCAUGGAGAUAAAUCUUAUUCGCCUGCAAACAUUCUAUGUCCUGAAUUUGAUCCUGCCGAUACUCCUUCUGUCCUUUCUCAACCCGUUUGUGUUUGUGAUCCCAAUCCCCUCUGGAGAGCAGCUGUCUGUCUCCGUCACCGUGCUUCUGUCCUUCACAGUGUUCCUCUCGUUCCUUGGAGACAGUCUUCCGAGGAACUCCGACCGUGUGUCACUCCUGUCCCUCUACCUUGGUAUCAUGAUGACAUUAAGUGUCCUUCAAGUCAUCCUGACAAUUCAUGUUCUCAGGAUCUACAACCGCGACAAGGGUCCUGUUGGUGAGAAGAUGUCUUCACUCUCUAGGUGGAUGCUGAAUGCGAAAAAUAACAUCACGGAUAAGGUUGACUGUUCAGAUGAUGAGGUUGGAUGGCAAACAGUAUCAGCCGCAAUUGAGAAAUUGUAUUUCAUCAUCUUCUUUACCCUGACAAGCACUGUCACAAUUGUGUUCUUUGUGGUGGGAAACGCUCUGAACAAAUGAGUCUGAACAGUCGCCAUAAGAUCUGUACAAAGUACACGUUAGCCAUUACUCGACCUCGAUACAAUUGCACAUACAUGACUGAUGGUGAUUUUUGUUACACAGCAAGUAAAUUAUUUCAUCUUAAACGGGUAAGUGUAACCGCAGCUAUGGCUAAUUUGAACUGCCAUCUAUAACACUCUCCUUAAUCUGCUCGUUGUUACCAUUGCAGGCUGAAAACAUUUUUUCUGCUUCAUAGCUUAAGAUCUAUUCAAGUCAGUUUGCGUUUUAUAAUUG